AUGGGUGACCCUCGCGAGUCGUCCUCCUACUCGGUGGUGCCUCACCUCAAGUACAACACCGUCGGUGGUGUGAACGGCCCUCUGGUCAUCCUCGAAGAUGUCAAAUUCCCCCGAUACAACGAGAUCGUCUCCCUGACGCUUCCUGAUGGGACGACGAGGCAAGGGCAGGUCCUCGAGGCUCGAGGAAACCGAGCCGUUGUCCAGGUCUUCGAAGGCACCUCAGGUAUCGAUGUGAAGAAGACGAAAGUCGAGUUCACCGGGCAGAGCCUGAAGCUUGGUGUGUCGGAGGACAUGCUGGGACGUAUCUUUGAUGGUUCAGGUCGGGCCAUCGACAAGGGCCCCAAGGUGCUGGCAGAGGACUACCUCGACAUCAACGGCAGCCCCAUCAACCCAUACUCGAGAGUCUAUCCUGAGGAGAUGAUCUCCACUGGUAUUUCCACCAUCGAUACAAUGAACUCCAUCGCUCGUGGACAGAAGAUCCCCAUUUUCUCCGCCUCCGGUCUACCGCACAACGAGAUCGCCGCCCAGAUUUGUCGUCAGGCUGGUCUGGUCCAGAAGCAGGAGGGAGUCACAAACAAGGGCGUCCACGACGGCCACGAGGACAACUUCUCCAUUGUCUUCGCUGCCAUGGGUGUGAACUUGGAGACGGCUCGUUUCUUCACUCGCGAUUUCGAGGAGAACGGCAGUCUGGAACGUGUUACCCUGUUCCUCAACCUCGCCAACGAUCCAACGAUCGAGCGUAUCAUUACGCCUCGUCUCGCCCUCACGACCGCCGAGUACUACGCCUACCAGCUCGAGAAGCACGUUCUGGUUAUCCUCACAGAUCUUUCCGCUUACUGUGACGCUCUCCGUGAGGUCUCAGCCGCUCGAGAGGAGGUGCCUGGUCGUCGUGGUUUCCCCGGUUACAUGUACACUGACUUGUCGACCAUCUACGAACGAGCCGGUCGUGUCGAAGGCCGCAACGGUUCCAUCACGCAGAUCCCCAUUCUGACCAUGCCUAACGACGAUAUCACCCACCCGAUUCCUGACCUGACAGGAUACAUUACGGAGGGCCAGAUCUUUGUGGACCGAGGUCUUUACAACAAGGGUAUCUACCCUCCCAUCAACGUGCUGCCAUCACUUUCCCGUCUCAUGAAGUCGGCCAUCGGUGAGGGUAUGACGCGCAAGGACCACGGUGAUGUCUCGAACCAGCUGUACGCCAAGUACGCCAUCGGUCGUGAUGCGGCAGCCAUGAAGGCAGUCGUUGGUGAGGAAGCUCUGUCAGCCGAGGACAAGCUGUCGCUUGAGUUCCUUGACAAGUUCGAGCGACAGUUCGUUAGCCAAGGAGCCUACGAGCAGCGAAGUAUCCAUGACUCUCUGGACCUGGCAUGGUCUCUGCUCCGCAUUUACCGCAAGGACAUGCUCAACCGAAUUCCUAAGAAGAUCAUUGAUGAGUUCUACUCGCGUACUGCGGCCGCGGACCGGAAAGCAAAGAAGGACACCAAGGAGACCAAAGACACCAAGGACAACGCGGGCCAGGAGGAGAACUUGAUCGACGCAUAA